AUGUGCAGCAUCGUCAACACGUGCUUCCGCGUGCUGCACCAGGCCGCCUCCAAGAGCCACCUGCUGCAGCGCCUCGCCUGCCAAACGCUCCUCGACAUGGUCCGCGAGAUUUUUGGGCGGCUGCCCGAGCUGCCCGCGAGCGAGGAGGAGGGGGAGCUGGGGGAGGCAGAGGCAACGCAGGGGACAAUGGACAGCACGCCGUUUUCGCCACGGGUGGAGGCGAGGGAAGGGGGUGUGGAGGGGGGUGGGGAGGAGGGUGUGCAGGAGGGAUCGCUUGAGCUGGGAGGGACGGCUGUGGAGGAGGGGGGCGGAGGGGAUGGGCAAGAUGGUGGGAGUGCUGGUCUGGAUCCAGGAGUGGAGCUGGGAGCAGGGGAGAAAGGGGGAAGAGGAGAGGUUGUAUUGGAUGAGUCGCUUUCAUUUUCCCCUGCCUCCAUCUUGCCCUCGGCACCCCCCAAACCUCCCCCUCCCGCCAAGCCUGCCGAACAGCCCCGGGGUCCGCAGGACACAAGCAGAGAAGCCGAGGAAGGGGACAGGGAGGAGGACGGGGAGCGGGGACAGGCAGGCAGCAGCAGCAACGGAGCUUCAAUGGGAGCGUUGGGGCGGCCGCACGGAGUGGCGUGUGCAGUGGAGGUGUUUCACUUCCUCUGCUCGCUGCUGGGUCUGGAGGACCACCAGUCAGCGCUCUUUGCCUCGGGCAUGCUGGCAGACGACGACGUCUCUCUGCUGGCGCUGAGCCUCAUCUCGGCUGCUCUCGAGCUCGCAGGGCCAGCGGUGGUGCUCCACCCGCGCCUGCUGUCGCUCGUGCAGGACGAGCUAUUCCGCUCGCUGCUGCAGCUGGGACUGUCACCCAACCUGCUAGUGCUCUCCCAGGUCCUGGCCAUAGUGCAAACGCUCUUCCACUCAGCCCGAGCCCACCUGAAGCUGCAGCUGGAGGCCUUCUACACCUGUGUCAUCGCCCGCCUCGUCGGCACGGCAGGAAAGUUCACCGCAACUUCCUUCGCGCAGCAGGAAGCUGCCCUGGAAGCCCUCCUGGACUUCUGCCGGCUGCCCGAAUUCGCCGUGGAAACUUAUGCCAACUUUGAUGCCGACCUCACAUGUGCGAACUGCCUGGAGGAGCUAUCGGGCCUGCUGUCUCGAGCUGCCUUCCCGGUUAACACACCGCUGUCGUCGCUGCAUGUGCUGGCCAUGCAGGGUCUGCUGGCCGUGAGGUCCAUCAAGCGUCGCCUCCUCAUAGGCGUGGAGCAUUUCAACCGCGACUCCAAGAAAGGCCUGCAGUUCCUCCAAGCCUCCGCUCUCCUCCCCUCGCAACCCGACGCCCGCGCCGUUGCCUGCUUCCUGCGCUUCACGCCGGGACUUAACAAAACGCUGGUGGGGGAUUUGCUGGGCGGGCAUGAGGAGUUUCACGUCCGCGUUUUAGGGGAAUUCGCUAAGCUGUUUGACUUCGAGGGCAUGGCGCUGGACGCGGCGCUGAGAACGUUCCUGGAGGGGUUUCGGCUGCCCGGGGAGGCGCAGAAGAUUUCUAGAGUGCUGGAGGCGUUUGCAGAGCGGUACUAUGCGCAGGCGCCCGCGGCGUAUGGGUUUGCGAAUCAUGACGUGGCGUAUGUGCUGUCAUACUCCGUCAUCAUGCUCAACACCGACCUCUAUAACGGGCAGGUGCGCCGCAAGAUGACGGAGGAGGAGUUUAUCCGCAACAACCGCAAGAUCAACGACGGAAAAGACCUUCCUCGAGAGCUCCUAUCAGAGCUGUACCACGCCAUCGCACGCAACGAGAUCAAAAUGUCCUCCGACGUCUCGCUCUCCUCCUCCUCCGCCUCCGCCUUCCCCGAGAUGAAUCUCAGCCGCUGGCUCGGGCUCAUCCGACGGUCCCCGACCGCCGUGCCGUACAUUCUCGCAUCCAGUGCUGACCCGGAACCGUCUUCUGCAGAUGAUGCUGCAGCUGUUGCUCCUGCUGCUGUAGUGGCAGGCCCAGCCAUAGCAGCCAUAUCCGUAGUCUUUGACCACACAGAAGACGACGAGUCCCUCCUCCGCUGCUGCACUGACGGGUUUUCAGCGGCCGCUGACGUGGCGGCUUUUCACGGGUUUUCAGGUGCGCUGGAUGAUCUGGUCGUCUCCCUCUGCCGCUGCACCACGCUCCGCCUGAACCCCUCUGGAUCGCUGCCAAGUGGCGCCGAUCUAGUGGACAACGCAGCAGCCGUGGCAUUCGGGGAGGACACCAAGGCUCGGCUGGCUGCCGUGACUGUCUUUGGUUUGGCAAACAGGCACGGCGGGGUGGUUCGGGGAGGCUGGCGGAACCUUCUCGACUGUGUGGUUCGGUUGCAUAAGCUAGGGCUGCUGCCUGCCCGUGUUAUUAUCGAGUCAGCCAAUGCCGGGCCGCCACCUGGCCCGCUGGUGGAGCGUGCAGUCUUCGGCCUCCUCCGUCUGUGCAGAAAGCUCCUACCAGCAGCCGAUGAAACCCUAGCGGAUGAGCUCCUAAGGUCUCUCCAGCACGUGCUGAGACUCGAUGCCAGGCUGGCUGACGCCCUCUGUGAGAGGAUCACGCGGGGUGUGUUGGGGAUUGUGAGGGAGGGGCGGCAGAGCGGAGCCCUACGGAGAGUGAAGUCCCCUCCUGGGUGGAGAACACUCGCUGCUCUGCUGGCGAUCACAGCCCGGCAUCCAGACGCUGCUGCUCCCGGGUUUGAAGCUCUCUCGUGGCUCAUGGCGCCCAUUCCCCCAGGUGCUGCUGCUCCCGGUGCCUCUCCUGCUGCGCUCGCUUCGGAUUUCUCUGCUGGUGCAGUGGAGGAUUAUGGGGAGGUGUGUACUGAUGGGCCGCCGUGUGUCUCCCCGUGUAACUUCAUCCCGUUCCUCGAUGCGGCUCGGGACUUCGCCGAGGCUCGGGUGGGAGGUUCGGAGCGGUCGAAGCGGGCGUUGGACCUGCUGGGGUGCUUGAUAGACUGCCUGCUGGAGUGGAGGGUCGCAGGGGAGAUGGAGCAAGCAGCAGAGGCUGACCGACAAGCAACAGCAUCAGCAGCAAUGGCAGGAGCGGCAGGAGGUGGUAGGAUUGAUGGGGACAGUUUGAGCAGUGACGUUUCCAGUGUAAAUCCCGGUGCAUUCUCCCCACAGCAGCAGCCUCCCCUGUCAGCAGCCCUCUCCCCCCCGCAACUAAGCCCCAUACCCUCAUCAUCAUCACCAGCAGGGGGAGGUGUAUCUGGGGCAGGUGCAUCUGGAGGAGCAGGGCGGUUCUCAGGGCAGGAUCUAGCAGACCUCUGGCUGCGCCUGCUGCACGCGCUGCGCCGCGUGUGCUCGGACCAGAGAGAAGACGUGCGGAACCACGCUCUCGUGUGGCUGCAGCGGUGCCUUCUCGCUGCCGACCCCCUCCACAUGCCCAACACCAUGUGGGCUCCCUGCUUCGAUCAGGUGGUGUUUGUCCUUUUAGACGAUCUUUUAGAGGUGCAUUUGCGGGAGAAACCCAAGGAAUACCGGGGUAUGGACGCGUCGCUGCUCCGUGCGAUAAAGACGCUGUCCAAGGGCGUGCUGCAGGUGACUGACGCGUCAGACAUGGAGAGCCUGUGGAGCGCCACGUGGCGCGCGGUGCAUGCGAUGCUGCCGCACUUAAAGCCCGAGUCGCUCGUCCCGCCGGCACCGAUUGCAGUUGCGCCCAUGGCUGCGGGUCCUGUAGGUGCUGGUACUCCAGGGAUGGAGGGGCAGCUAACAGGAGCGUCUGUGGCAGGAGGAGCACUCACAUCAGCAGUUCUGAUUGCAACAGCGUGCACAGCAGCGCUGCCUGAGGCUGAUGGGGCUGUGGCGAUUGAGUCGCUUGCCGAUGCGCUGUGCGCGUCAAAUCGCACUCAACCUACCGCCAGUACGGCAGCCGAAGCUGCAUCCAAUCCUGAAACAGCUGCUGCUGCUACAACCGACGCUACAGCCGGCGGUGCUGGAAGCAGCACCUCGGGAACUCACGGCUUGAUACUACCGCCGUGGAAUUUUGACGGAGUUCAUUUCACGGAUGGGGGGCCUCUCACCGUGCAGUACCUGCUGCUGCUCGAUGCCCUCAACUUCUGCUUCUGGCCGGGUAACAUGACCCCUCAAUCCACUACGAGCAUCUGGCUGGAAGGUCUGCGUGCUCUGCUGGGUCCGAAGCCCUUUCCUCUGGAGCAGCAGAGGGUGCAGGCAGCACGGCAGGUGGGGCGGGUGCUGCUGCGGCGCUUCAGUGGCAGUGCGGCUGAGAUGGUGGAGGAGGCAGGGGGGAGUGCGGAGAGAUUAGUGCGCCUGCUCACCAUACACUUCCCAUAUUUUCAGGAUCACGCAAUCUACCGUGGCCGCCAGGUGGCGCUAUUCAAGAGGGCGCAGAUCUUCGUGGCAGAUGUGUGGGGCGCGUUCAACGGGCGUGGGCUGGGUCACUUCUCAGACAUACACCGUCUCACCAUGUUUGCCGACUACGUGGUCCCCGCCGUGCUGAGAAGCAGAGGCGUGCUCCGGUAUGCUGCGGGUCUUGCUGCUGCUGUGGACGGCAGGGAGGAAAUUCUUCCAGGUUCGGAAGAAGAGGUGGAGAUCAGAGCGUGCUGCAUCGUUGUCACUGAGAGGCUUCGAGAGCAAUUGGAGCGCACAGUGGGAAAGCCGGUGAGAUCCUACCAAUGCUGGCGACUAUGUACAUUCUUUGGAGGGGCAUUGCACUGGAUUCAUGGCACUGCAUUCAUGGCACUGCAUUCAUGGCACUGCAUUCAUGGCACUGCAUUCAUGGCACUGCAUUCAUGGCACUGCAUUCAUGGCACUGCAUUCAUGGCACUGCAUUCAUGGCACUGCAUUCAUGGCACUGCAUUCAUGGCACUGCAUUCAUGGCACUGCAUUCAUGGCACUGCAUUCAUGGCACUGCAUUCAUGGCACUGCAUUCAUGGCACUGCAUUCAUGGCACUGCAUUCAUGGCACUGCAUUCAUGGCACUGCAUUCAUGGCACUGCAUUCAUGGCACUGCAUUCAUGGCACUGCAUUCAUGGCACUGCAUUCAUGGCACUGCAUUCAUGGCACUGCAUUCAUGGCACUGCAUUCAUGGCACUGCAUUCAUGGCACUGCGUUCGUGGCACUGCAUUCAUGGCACUGCAUUCAUGGCACUGCAUUCAUGGCACUGCAUUCAUGGCACUGCAUUCAUGGCACUGCAUUCAUGGCACUGCAUUCAUGGCACUGCAUUCAUGGCACUGCAUUCAUGGCACUGCAUUCAUGGCACUGCAUUCAUGGCACUGCAUUCAUGGCACUGCAUUCAUGGCACUGCAUUCAUGGCACUGCAUUCAUGGCACUGCAUUCAUGGCACUGCAUUCAUGGCACUGCAUUCAUGGCACUGCAUUCAUGGCACUGCAUUCAUGGCACUGUCAUGUUCCAGUCUCACAAAGCAAUUGGAAGUGCCUCUCGCUAUGUGCUCCAUGUGUGCUUGACAGAUUUUGAGCAUAGAGCUAGAUUGGCUGCUAUGCUCUAUCCACAGGCGCUGCGGGGAACUCGACGCGGUUCGGCAACAUCUGGUUUGAGCGUGCGGGAGGGCCCAGCCAUGCGCAGAUGCAGUUUCUUUGACUCUGCAAUGCGCCUCAAUUUGCUCCUCCCGCACGCCUCACCUUUCCACCUCGUCUUUGCCUGUCCGUCACUUUCGCGCCCCAUCUUUGCGCAUCACCUUUGCACCUCACCCAUGCACCCCGCCUACAGACAGCAAGACAGCGCACCAUCCUUCGAUCCCCGCUUGACGUUGGUUCCUCCCAGCCAGCAGCAGAACAACGCAACUCAACCGCCUUCGUUCCCAUCCACUCGACUUGAGCGGUGUCCCACUCACCAAGCAUGCACAGCAGAAGGCAAUGUUUGUGGUGCCAGCACUGCAGUGGAGAUCCGCCAGCACGCAAUCAGAGCAAUCCAACGCAAUCCCGCCCCGCUUUCUGCCCACGCUUCCUUUUCUCACUCCCUCCAGCUGAUCGACCAUCCCCAUCAGCUCACCUCUCGUCUCGUCCCAUGCCCGAGAAGGCUUUUAUAUAGCAAGCACAGCCUUGUCAGGAGUAUCAGCUACCACAGCGUGUUCCUACUUGUGCGUAAUUCUGGUUAUUUUGGAAAAGACCCUUUGAUUACUACUGCGCGAAACAACAUGGCGACAGCUCUCCUUUCGCACACGGCCUCCGUGCCGGUAACCGUGGCAUGCGCGAAAUCGACCGCGAAUCCUCGCCAGCGCCUGCAAUCGCAAUUCGCGGGGUCCAGCCUCCGCCUCCCCGCGCGCCUCCCCCAACUCCGCGCGCGGAAGCCCGCGGGAAUCUCCGCCGUGAUCGAGAUCGAACAAGAGGACAUCCUCACCACACCGCGCGAGCCGCCCAAGACGAUCCUGGAGAAACUCGAGGAGAUGGAUGACGUGGGCGUGCCGCACAAGGUGUGGCUGUCAGACGUGGUGACCGUUAAGAAGCGCCCGUACUUCUUCAACCGCGAGUGGCUGCCCAAGGACAUCGGAUACGCCGUGUUUCUCGGCGCCAUCCAUCUGCUCGCCCUCGCCGCGCCCUUCACCUUCUCGUGGGAGGCGUUCGAGUGCUUCGUCGCCAUGUACGUCAUCACAGGCAUGUUCGGCAUCACGCUGUCGUUCCAUCGCCAUCUGACUCACCACAGCUUCAUACUUCCCAAGUGGCUCGAGUACACCUUCGCCUACUGCGGCGUUCUCGCCUGCCAGGGCCCUCCGUUUGAGUGGGUGAGCGCGCACCGCGUGCACCACCGCUGGUGCGACAAACCCGAGGACGUCCAUACGCCUUAUGAGGGGUUCUGGUACAGCCACGCCGGCUGGCUGCUCGAUAACGAGGCACUCGAGGCCAGGCUGGAGGGCAAGAACAACAUCUACGAUCUGACCAAGGACCCCUUCUACCAGUUCAUCGACAAGACCUACGUAUGGCACAUCGUCGCGUCCGUCGCCGCGCUCUACGCGCUCGGUGGCUUCCCGUUCGUCGUCUGGGGCUGGGCUCUGCGCCUAGUGUGGGUGUACCACAUCACGUGGUUCGUGAACUCCGCGUCGCACGUGUGGGGCGACCAGCCGUGGAACACGGGCGAUCUCUCCCGCAACAACUGGUGGGUAGGCAUUCUGGCAUUCGGCGAGGGCUGGCACAACAACCACCACGCGUUCGAGUACUCGGCGCGCCACGGUCUGGAGUGGUGGCAGAUCGAUAUGACGUGGUACACCCUCAAGCUGUUGGAGGCCGUCGGAUUGGCCAGCAAUCUACGGUAUCCGCGCGAGAAGCACAUGAAGAAGCUCGCGUACCCCGAUUCGCCCCUCGCCAAGUCCUGA